GGCCCAAGCCUUGGCUAAUCGAUAAGUCGUGGCAAGUGGGGCACAAAACUGGAAAAUGGCCCACUCCAAAUGGAACUUUCUGCCAUGAUUGUUCUAUUGAUUAUGACUUUCAAAGCCGUUGGUGGGUACAGAAAAUGCCCAUGGGGCAGGCAGUGGAAUCCAAUGGCAAAAAAGUGUAUUAAAUAUUACUUUGGCUCAUACCCAUUAUGGUCUGCAGCAUUAUUAUCUAUAAAAAAAGGUGAGGCGAGACUAUUAAAAGUAAUGACAACUAAUUUUUAGGUUAAUCCCGGCAGAGCCCACAAAGCAUGA